CCUCAUAUGUACAUAAUUCAUCUACUUAUAAGCAUUCAUAAGCCGCAUUAGCCCACAUAAGAGCAAUGAAGUCUCCAAUGCUUCUUGCAUUCUUCUUCAUUCUUUUGUGUGUUCAAUUCCUAUCUAACUUGGCUCUUGAAUCUCAAGAGGAGAAAGGCACACCUAGUUUGAGUGAAAAUGGUUAUAAUGGAGAUGAUGGCUUGAAACGUGAUCAAUUGAUGCUAUCGAAGGCAAGUAAAGGGAAGGGUACAUAUGGUGGUCAGAACGAUCGUCCUCCUAGUACUAAGAAAAGUAGAGCGGUCUCUAUACUCUCAAAACCACCCGUAUACAUUUCAAAUACUGGUAUUGGUGGUGUUGUCGUAUCUAUGAUCCUUGUUUUCGGUUUAUAGUUCAUGGAAUCAUGGGCACAUAUGAUAUGAAGAUGCAAAAUCUGUUUCUUUUCGCUCUCAUGGUCUUCCGGUUUGUUUGAUUUAGUAAAACUAAGAGUUGGCUUGGUAUAUAAUUUUCUGGAAGGUUGUAUGAUUGAUUUUUUUGAAUUUCAAAGGCUGUGUCUAUGAGAUUCGAACAUGUGUCAACUUAAUUUUGGAAUGUUUCAUACUUUGUGAUACGGAUAGGCCACCUUGAUGGUGGUGGAACAUUGUAUGAUUUGUUUAGAAUGUUUUGUGGAAACAAUUGUUCGUGUGUAAUGUUGUGGUUAUGGUGUUUGUAUUUGUAUUUAUAUCUGUAUUGUGGUUUUAUUUA